AUGAGGGGUUCUCAGAGGAUUUGUGGGUCGCCUGCGCUGCGAGCUGCUGCGGCCUUCAUCGUGGCGUUGGCUUGCUCCGCCUACUCUGCUUCGGCAGCGUAUUUUUACGUGCAGGAGUCGCAAGAUAAAUGCUUCAUAGAGAGCGUUCCGACUGGCGUGGCGCUUACUGCUUCCUAUAAGAACCAUGAGAACCCAGGCGUGACCUGCAGCAUUAUCUUCAAGGACCCGAGUGGCCGCAGCGCAUACAGCAGGGAGGUGCUUCCGGCAGAUGUGGAGGGGAAAGUUACCCACAUGACAACGACAACGGGGGAGUAUCAGGUUUGCAUUUCCUGCGCUUCUUCCAAGUGGUUCAAUACGCAGCUACUCAAGUGGUCCCUCUCUAUUGAGUUGGGCGACACCGACAUCAACAUUGACGACCUUGCGAAGAAGGACCAUGUGAACAGCGUCCAUUUGAAACUCCAAGCUAUUGCCCGUCGGGUGGAGGCGAUGCAGGCAGAGAAUGACUAUGAGCGAGGAAAAGUUCCAGAAGACAAGCGAGGCGAUCAACAGCCGCGUCGUGUGGUUUUCUGUGUUGCAACUGCUGCUUUUGUGUGCAUGCACCUUAGGAUAACAGACGACAUCCAGUUGGUGUUUGUGCAAGGAGGCGUUUACAUGAACUGGAGCGAUGGUCAUUUGGAGGCUCUUCUCGAGCGUUAUAUCCGGUGUACUGCUUGCCAGCCACUGCAGUCGCAAGCAAUGUUGAAGUGA